UAUCACUGCGGCCCUUCAGACGCGCCUAAGAUCCCUCAACACUAACUAGACAGCUGUCAUCUUUCUGAGCUGCGCUCCAGUCUUCACUGCGCUUCGCACCGACAGCAGCUGAGAGCCGAGCUCUGGGUCUGAGUCUGGGUCUGGGUCUGUUGUUCUUUCUUUAUUUUGUUCCUUCUUCUUCUCCCUGAAGCAGCUUUCCUGCGUAGCUCGCUGUCUCUGUUGUAUUUACCGAUGUCUCACCCCGUCGUGAAUUCAGACGUGAAGAGCGCCUUGGAUAACAGUCCGGAGACUGAUAUCAGGGAUGAAGCGCAACAAGCGCCUCCGCCAAAGAACUACCUCCUUCUCACCAUCUUUACGUGCUUCUGUCCGGCCUACCCGGUCAACAUCGUCGCCUUGGUUUUCUCUGUAAUGUCCAUAAGCAGUUUUAACCAAGGAGACCGGGAGGGUGCUGAACGGCUGGGUCGGAAUGCCAAGUGGGUUGCCGUGGCGUCGGUGAUUAUCGGACUCCUAGUCAUUGCCAUCUACUGCACGGUUCACUUCACAACGCUGCUCAGUUAGGAAGCUGCCAGGCUGUCCUCAGGCAGACACACAGCUCGUUCAGUAGCCAGCCCUGGGGCCCAUGUGAACGCAUCGCUCUGCCUUGUUUUCUACCUGUCGAGCGGCUGUGUCGCCUCCUAGAGGGGGUCUGAGGAAGUCUGGAGAGACCCGAGUCAUUCUUGUGCCCAGACACAGCCAGCAACAUGAACAAUCGCCCCUCCGAGAUCUGAGCGCCAGAGGAUCCCCCUACUGAAGGACAUCUGUCUUACAAGGAGAUUUUAUUUCUGUAUUUGUUUUGUUUUUUUAAAAGGAUUUAUCUGAAGACAGAGUGACUAUGAACAUGGCAAUAGCAGUGAUUCUGUCUUUUCUUUAUUUUUUUUAAUACAAACCAGACUUUUAUCAUACACACAUGAGAAAUCAGAUAUACAGUACAUUCAGAAUGGAGUGAGUACCAUGAUCAUUGUGAGGUGGGUCAGUAUUGUAGUAAUAUGUUUACCAAGGAAGUGCUGGGCUGGAAGUGCCUGAGGGCUUUUAAAAUGAAAAAGGGCUCGAUUUGAUCAAGCUAUCCACAGCUGGAGCUUAUUAGAGUAUAUUACAGAACUGGGGAGUUAGAGCAUAUUACAGAACUGGAGAGUUAGAGCAUAUUACAGAACUGGGGAGUUAGAGCAUAUUACAGAACUGGGGAGUUAGAGCAUAUUACAGAACUGGAGAGUUAGAGUAUAUUACAGCACUGAGGAGUUAGAGUAUAUUACAGAACUGGGGAGUUAGAGUAUAUUACAGAACUGGAGAGUUAGAGCAUAUUACAGAACUGGGGAGUUAGAGCAUAUUACAGCACUGGAGAGUUAGAGCAUAUUACAGAACUGGGGAGUUAGAGCAUAUUACAGAACUGAGGAGCUAGCCUGGAUUGCAUCAACGACCUAUUCUAAGUGGCAAACCCAGGGUUAACCAUGGAUUGGUGGUUGAUCCAAUCUCAUGGGAUACCCCAGAGAACGCUGUAAUAUCAUCCAGCUGUGGGCUGUCCCGGAGGAGCACAGGUUAAUCAAAUCAACCCCUUAGUCUUACGCAAUGCUCUUGUAAGUGGGUCCCUGUCGGUCUUCCAUUAAAGUACAUUUGAUAGCAAAGAGGAUCGUAAUGCUGUAAUAAUCCCUCUGCUGCUUUGUAAGAUACAUGCAUAGUAUAUAAAUAUAAAACUACUUCUAAAUGGUAUGAUUGGAUUUCUGCAUUUCAUUUGUACAAUGUGUGAAAUUGUAUUGUGACACUGUGGGCCAUAUUUUCAGAGCGUUUACUCCAGUCUUGACUGAAGUCCUAUUUUUUUUAAAGCAGUUGUAAAACGCCUCUUCAUUUUACACAACUAGAACCACACAACUAAGUGAAACCCUGCAACCCGAGCCCUCUUAAGCGCUCUCAGGGUGUUUUGGGUCUCAUGUUGUAACAUUAACAUGAUAUUUUCACCUUUAAAAAAAUAGGAGUUAAUGAAAGAAUGAAGGAAAGGCUUUUAAAACAGGGCCCUGUAGCCCCGUACAUACAUUCUGGAUACAUGUAUGUAAAGUAUUCCGUGCUGAUAUCUAUAUAUUGUGUGUGUGUGUAUAUAUAUAUAUACAGUAUUUAUUUGUUAAUUUAGUUCAUUUGGGUUAUCUGAUAUAAAAAGGUGCUUUAACAAUGCUUAAAUGUAUUUCACAGAUUAUUAUAAUGAACAAUAAAAAAAAAAUGUGUUGAAAA